UUUUCAACACAUCCACAGUCGUUGUAAAUAUUAUUAUAAAUCUAUAAAUUGUGUGAAAGGUGAAGUUUUAAAGUUGAUAGAGUAACAAAUAAAGAUAAAUAUUUUGGGUUGUUAUUUUGAACGAUGGCGGAAAUUAAAUCGUUGGAACAUUCUACACUUAAAGUUCCCUACGAAGUUUUAAACAAAAAAUUUCGAUCUGCUCAAAAGAACCUGGAUCGUGAAUUGGAUCAGAUUCAGAACGUGUCUAGGGAUGCAGAAAAGAUCUUAAACAGAAACAAUGCUUUGCCCACCGUCUUCGAAGUGAGUAAACUUGUAGGAAAUGUUGUACAACGCCUUCAAAUAUUAAAAAGAAAAGCAGAGGAGAGUUUAUUGGACGAAUUAAACGCUGGAUUGGUGUGCAAGCGCAAACUGCAACAUUUGCGAAUUGUUGCUCCACCGGAUUCUCACAUUAGUUUGGAUGCGUGGCAGGCAUCAAUGGACCAGUGGAAAAGAAUUCGAAUGGAUCGUAUAGUAAUCGAACAUCUUCUACGAAGGGGAUUUUAUGAAACUGCUGAAUGCCUUGCAAGGAAAUCUGAUAUCCGACAUCUAACUAAUCUAGAUAUUUUUCACACAUCAAGGGAAGUUGAGGAUGAUCUUACCAAACACAAGACCUUAAAAUGUGUGUUAUGGUGCAUGGACAACAAAUCUAAGCUUAGAAAAAUUAAUUCGAAUAUGGAAUUCAGCUUACGCGUUCAAGAAUUUGUAGAACUAGUUCGAAGUGAUAACCGAGUAGAAGCAGUGAAACACGCCAGAAAAUAUUUCCAGGCUUUCGAGAAAACACAGCUCAAAGAAAUUUGCAAGUGCAUGGCUUUAUUAGCUUAUCAACCAAAUACAGAAACCGAGCCAUACAAAAGCUUAUUUAGUAAACGGCGUUGGAAGGAUCUUGCAUUGAACUUUCGGAAUGAAAACUAUCGACUGUUUCAACUAUCAACUCAGUCUUUGUUAAGUGUGGCAAUCCAAGCUGGCCUAUCAGCAUUAAAAACGCCACAAUGCUAUUCAUCGAAUUGUAAGAGUAUUCAUUGCCCUGUUUGUCAGGAGGAUUUCAAUCAAAUAGCAAAGAAUUUGCCAUAUUCACACUGCGUGCAGAGUCGUCUUAUUUGCAGAAUCACUGGACUUCCCCUAAAUGAACAUAACUUGCCAAUGAUGUUGCCGAACGGUCAAAUAUUUGGACAAUUGGCGGUACCAGAAAUAACCAAAGAAGAUGGCGCUGUGGUUUGUCCCAUAACAAAUACAACAUUUUCGAAUCCAAAAGUUGAAAAAGUUUUUGUAAUGUAAAGUAAAUGUUGUAAAAAAUUAUUAAGUAAUAAAUCCGAAUCGACAAAACAACGUAUAAACCUAUAAAUUUAAAGAUGAAUAUUUUAUUUUUGCUAAUAAACGGGCUAUCUGACAUUCAAGUUCAAAUUACAUCUUAUCCUUUGUGUCUUAUAUUUUAAGUUAUCAAGUAAUUGUACGCUACUACGCUAGAUUAGAUAUGCAUCAAUGUGUUUUUCAUUUAACAGAACACAACAGACGCUAAAAAAAAAUUGGUUUAACUCAAAUUUUACUUAAAACUGGGUCUACGAAAACCUGUUUUUUUUUUUUACCAAAUCCCUAGAGUUAAACAUUUUAAAAUUUAUUUUAGUUUAAUAAUUAAAAUGUAUUUAUAAAUAAGUAAGUUGUGGCGUAUUCAGAUACUCUGCAAGGAACUCACAGCCAUUUGUAUAAUGUAAGCCCCUUACUUAAGAGACGAAAAUUUAGGGUAUUUUCAGGAAUUUUUUGUACAAUAAAAUAAUGAAAAACGAUAUUUAA